AUGUCUGCACCAAACGAGGACGAUAUGAGCCAACCAUCAAAGCGGCCGUAUGAAAAUUCCUCGUCCCAGCUGGAUGAGCUGAAAAGAAUCAAAGUCGAGUCCACCGGCGAUAUCAAUGAAGACCAAUUCAACGACCUUUUCGACGACCCACUCUUCAACCAAAAUGGAAACGACCACCCUCCGGCGGGAUCACACAACGGCAAUGAUAAGGUUGAUCUUCCUGAUUUCCUCCAAGAUCCGCUUCCAGAAGGAUCAAGCGCAGCACCAACAACAUCAAACUCUGAACCAGCAGUAGCAAGUCCAAUCACGCAAGCCCACACAGCGCCUGUUACAGCAGUGCACAGCUCACAGCCGUCUAAACUGCCCACACCGGCUUCACAAAGGCCAAGCUCGGCAGGUCCUCAACCUGGAGCUCCUGGUAAACCUAAUACAACCCAAAGCUCAGCAUUACAGGGAGAUCAAAAAGCAGAAAGUACAGCAACAGGAGCGGCGACGACAUCGCAAUCCUUUUCUGGACAGCUGCCUUCUCUAAGCACAGGCUCCUCGCUUCCGCCCAGUGCUACUCCAAUGUACCAAUCCCAGUCCCAGUAUCCUUAUCUGACAUACAACAAAACCACGCUCCCUCAGUAUCCACAACAAUAUCGUCAGAGUCCUGGUGCAACAUCAUACAAGCCCGGAACAAGAUUCGAUCCAAGAAGAACGUAUCCUGCGCCCACCGGUAUGGGUAGCUCGUACUCAACCAGCAGUGUGCCAGGGUACGGAAUAGCAAGCGGUGUGGCGCCUGUGCCUGGCUCCACUGGCUCCACUCAGCCAACAAAAGAGGAUCCUGAUCAAUAUAAGGAUGCUAUUCAUGCCGCCGGUGUCGAUAUUCUGAGAGAGGAAGAGCUUCUUUCAACGAAUUAUAAUAGAGUCCCUCUCAGUAUUCAGCAGCAGCAAUUUGCAAACCGCCAGAGGCAGCUAUACGGCCUGCUAAAUGCUUUUCUUCAGCCUUACCAUGUCGGACUUUUCAUGAACAGAACUGCCAGGGAGAACGGCGUAUUUCAAAAUUUCAUGGCCGACCCAGAGAUGCUAGAAUUCAUGUCUGCUGCAUGCAAAGAAUGGCUAUCGAAUAUCAUAACGAAAACCAUCACAUUAUCGCGCCACAGACGGCGUGGCAUUCCAACUUUGGUGCAAAGUCGUGGAAGCAAUAAAACUAAAUCUCCCUCUUCACAGAGGUCUGAUGUCUCAAAAGAGCUACGAAACAUUGCCUUGCGCCAUAAAGAGCAAGAGGAGCAACGUGUGGCCAAACGUCUAGCUCUUGGAGUUGAGAACCGAGACGAGGUAGCCCCCGAGUCUUCUAACAAGGCUGGUGCUGAGGAGACGCUUCACAGAGCGGCUAAUGCUACGGCAGCAAUGAUGACAGGAGGCAGCUCUACAAGGAAGAAGUACUCGUGGAUGAAGUCUGGCGGCGGCGGUGGUGGUGAUGAUGGUAAGACUGGUGCCAGUAAGGAUGGGGGUCCCAAGCAGAGCCCUCUCAUUUCGUCGCGUGGUGAUAAUGGAUUGAGGUUCAGAGAGAUUCGUACAGGUAACAUGGUGACUACGAAGGAUUUGCUAGGCGUUCUUGAAGAUGAAAGAAUGGGCACAUCGAAGGCCGUUAUCAAGGGAUAUGCCAAGUUGAAAGAUUAA